AUGUGGAGCAAAUCCACUGGUGAAGUCUUGGAGAGGUGGAACUUCCGUAUCGAGACUGAUAGUGAAGUUGUUGAGAAAGGGGUGUCGAGGGAGAAGAGUGAUAAGGAGAUCAUGAGGGAGUUCCAAGCUACCAUGCGACAGGUUGCUUCCAGCAUUACUUACUUGCCUUGUCUUGAUGAACCUUGUGUGUUUGAUGUCACAUAUACGGACACGGAUGUGGCUGUUCCAUUCACCUGGGUUGAAAGCGACCCCAAGUUAAUUGCUAAUCCUCAGAUGGUUAAGCUACACGCUUUUGAUACCAAGAUUCACAAAGUGGACACGCUCGUCUCACACAAGAACGACGAAUGGGAUGAAUAA